AUGUGCAAGACAGACAUCACACGCACACGCGCGCCCGGAGCAGCGGAGCCAGUGGACGUCAACAGGAGGACCAAACAGCCUCCUCAGCAUCCUUUGGGCGGCCCUAAGGUGCGACCGAGAGACGCGAGAGAUGCCCGCCCACUGGACUGUAGUUAGUCAGCCAAUCAGAAAUUGUCCAACGUGUCGGACACUUUUUUUGGAUGGAUCGCAGCCAAUCAGCAAUCGUGCACGAACCGUACAGAGUCGUGUCAUAGUAUUUUCAAGUGUUUUGUACGGUUGGAGCAUGAUUCAAGUUUCCAGUAAACUUUUAGAGCUCCUUAUACAGUUGGUAUCUCACGGUUGGAGGGGAAAAGGAGUGGCGAAGAUUCCUGCGGGGGAAAUGAUUGAUGAAAGGGUCUGAUUUC